CUUCGGACUCGAUAUGGAUUUGACGUAGCAGAGCAGCAGAGGCUAAAGCGGAUACCCAAACAACAAGCACAAUAUUUUUACUACACCUCAAAGCAGUCAUGUACAAAGUGUCGAACCUGGAUCGCCUCGGUGUUGUCGAUUUUGAGGAGUAAUAUUCUCUCAUUCGUCCAGUGUCAGUGGUCGAUGAACUUAUAGCGACUAUUAGGAAACAAUAAUAAUCAAACGGCACGGAAGGAACACAAACACACAAGAAAAGAAAGCGUCUGCUCUACCCUUGUUUCAUCCAUGCAUGUCUCAACAUUAGAGGUUUAAACACCAUGUCCUGCUCUGGCAACCUCAUUUGGGAUGUGCGAAAACGCACUAUUGGAUGCACAGAUCCAUAUGCGGUCAGGACAAAUUAUUUAGGCAGAAGAGAGUUCGUGCAACGACUGAAGCUUGAAGCAGUUCUCAGUGUGCACGAUGGAUGUGUUAACACCAUAUCCUGGAAUGACACAGGAGAAUACAUCUUAUCAGGUUCUGAUGACACUAACUUGGUUAUCACAAACCCUUACAAUAGAAAGGUCAAGACAACUAUUCGUUCAGGACACCGGGCCAACAUCUUCAGCGCAAAGUUCAUGCCUCAAACUAACGAUCAACAGAUUGUGUCCUGUUCAGGAGAUGGCAUCAUUUUCUACACACACACAGAGAAGAGCCAAGAAAUCAACAGGCAGUGCCAGUUCACCUGCCACUAUGGUACUGCUUAUGAGAUAGCGACAGUGCCAAAUGACCCAUAUACCUUUCUGUCCUGUGGAGAAGAUGGUACAGUGAGGUGGUUUGACAUGCGGAUGAAGACAAGCUGCACAAAAGAGGACUGUAAAGAUGACAUUUUGAUUAAUUGCCGGAGAGCUGCUACCUCAAUAUCCAUUUGCCCCCUGGUCCCCUACUAUCUUGCUGUGGGCUGUUCAGAUAGCUCAGUGAGGAUCUAUGACAGAAGAAUGCUGGGAACAAGAGCUACGGGUAACUACAUGGGCAGAGGGACGAUCGGCAUGUGUGUACGUUUCGUCCCAGCACACCUGUCCACCAAGUCCUGCCGCGUAACCUCUCUGUGUUACAGUGAAGAUGGACAAGAAGUGCUGGUCAGUUACUCUUCUGACUACAUCUACCUGUUUGACCCCAAAGAUGACCAGGCCAGGGAGCUCAAGGGCCCUUCUGAAGAGCGGCGAGAGGAGCUGAGGCAGCCCCCGGUCAAGCGCUUGCGUCUGAGAGGCGACUGGUCAGACACAGGACCACGCGCUCGGCCUGAGAGCGAGAGGGAGCGUGAUGGAGAGCAGAGUCCAAAUGUAUCGCUCAUGCAGAGGAUGUCGGACAUGUUGUCACGCUGGUUCGAGGAGGCCAGUGAGGCGCAGGGCAGCAGAGCACGUCCUCAAACUCGACCCAGAGGUACGCCAGCUCGACCAGAAGGGACAUUUGCGACCUCAGAAACACACACUCAGGCACAGGAGCCCACUGGGGUCUCAGCUGAAGGAGCGAUGGUGGUGGAGACACCCUCCUCUGAUCCUCCCCCUGCACCUGCUGCUCCUCCUGCACCUGCAGAGCCGCUCCCCAAGUCUAUCUCCUCCUCAUCCUCAGGCUCCUCCUCCACUGUGACAGCCCCUGCCCCCUCCAGCUCGUCUUCCUUGGAAAGCACUGUCUCCGCCUUUCUCCUCUCCUCGCCGGACACAGAGCAGAGGAGCCAGGAUGAAGUCACGCCCACUCCUUCAGCCACUCCCACCCCGUCAAGAGAGGCAGCUUUAUCUGAAUAUGGUCCUCGCAGGCUGCCGGUAAGUAUAGUCUGUAGACGUUUGCAGAGACUGCUUCUUUUGUCCGACCCCCCUGGACAGGGCAGACGCUCGGUCCCUUCUGUACCUGUGACCUCCAGCCCAGAGAGCUCAGCCCAACAGGCUGCUGCUGCUGACCCGUGCUCCCCUGCAGAUUCUCCCUCAUCUGUGGUAAACAAACAGCUUGGAUCCAUGACUCUGGAUGAGGAGCAGGAAGCAGCAGGACAUGUAAUCCGUGAUCAAAGUACAGGUGUCAGCGAAGCUUCCCCAGACACUACAGAAUCUGUGCUAUCCACAUCAGCGCCUUCACUUGGCAGCAGCAGCACUCCUCCAGGGCCUGGACGGACUGGCACAGCAGAACCGGUCCUUAGUCUGCACUACAGCACUGAAGGCACCACCACUAGCACCAUCAAACUGGAUUUCACGGAUGAAUGGAGCAGUCCAGCGUCCGGUGCCAAAUGCAGCAGUGGGCGACAUAAGCCUGGGGAGGUGUGUGAGAGCCAGACCAGAGCGGAGCCCGCUGGAGAAACAUCAGAGCAAUGUUCAAGCUCACCCUCAGAGAGUCAACCCACACCUGAUGGGGGCCAAACUGCAGACAGUGGCACAGAAAAGACCUCCGUCAGCUCUCAAAACAGCACACCACUGUCUACUGAAGCCACGGCUCGUCCCAGUGCUCCUUCAGAGGAGCUCCAGGCUGCUGGUUCGGGGGAGCUGAGUGAGCGGUGCAGGAGGAGCGAGACCACAGGGAUGGGUGGUCAGGGUUCGACUCAGCCAUCCCGCAAUCAGGACUCUGAUGACAGCGACGAUGACCCCAUCCUCAUCCCUUCAGCCAGGUACAGAGGAGGGCCGGGACAGAGAUUGAAUUACAGAGGAUCAUCUGUAGGGGAUAGGAUGAUAAGACGCUCUGCCGCAGCUCGGAUCCAGGAGCUGUUCCGCAGGAGAAAAGAACGGCGAGAGAUGGAAGAGAGUGAAACUCAGAAUAUCAGGAGACCCUCUGUCAAGAUGAUGUACAAGGGCCACCGCAACUCCAGGACCAUGAUAAAGGAGUCGUGUUUCUGGGGCAAUAACUUUGUGAUGAGUGGCUCGGAUUGUGGCCAUAUCUUCGUCUGGGACAGACACACGGGAGAGCACCUGAUGCUGCUGGAGGCCGACAACCAUGUGGUCAACUGCCUGCAGCCUCACCCUUAUGACCCCAUUCUUGCUUCAUCUGGAAUAGACUAUGACAUCAAGCUGUGGUCGCCUUUAGAACAGUCAGCGUCAUUUAACAGAGUCCUAGCCGAAGAGGUGAUUGCUCGUAAUGAGUUAAUGCUGGAAGAGACGAGGAACACCAUCACUGUUCCUGCUUCCUUCAUGCUCCGAAUGCUGGCUUCAUUAAAUCACGUCAGAACAGACCGCGUGGAGGGUGAUCGUUCAGAAGGCUCUGGACAAGAGAACGAGGAUGAACAGUGAAUGUUUGUUUUUUCUACAGUGCACUUGAGCAUUUGAGAUUUGUACAAGUUACAAAAUAGAUUAUUUCCUUAUUAGUUCAGUUUUUGGCAUUAUUAUUUUUUAAUGAGACUUUUCUAACUUAUUACUCUAUAUGAGAGUAAACUGCGUCUGGGGAGCUCAUGCAAACAAGAUGACAUGCAAGCAAUCGAAAGAUGUGACUAUAGAGAGCUGGUUCUUGAGAGUAUUUAAGUGCAAUAUUCAUUUAUUAAAUCAACUGGCUGAGCUUUGAGCGGUGUUAAUUGUGAAUUCCUAUUGUAGCCUCAAAUGAAGAACUCUGAUGUUUGUAUACCAGGAAUUAUGCAUGUCAAACACGAGUUUGCUAAAAACGUUCUCUUAGUCUUUACCAAUGUUGUGUAUAAAAAUAGCUUUUUUUUUGUCAUUAGUAAAUAUUGCGUUGCACAGGGAUCUUCUGUCUGACCCCAAUUUACUGGUACUACUUGCAAUAUGUCAUUAUCCAAAACAGCCAUUAUACAUUGUUACACUGCAGAAUGUUUGUAAAAGUUUAUUAAAGUGAGAACUGUUUUUGA